UAAUAUAAAAGCUAAAACAUUGCAAUGCGUUUUGAAAAAACACAAACAAUACAUUUCAUCUUGUGCCACAGUGAAGAUGAUCUUGAAGGGACUACUCUAUUUGGCGUGGUUUGUUUUCGAGCAAAGCAAAGGAAACAACGUUGAAGACAUCACUAUAAUAGGAGCCGGUAUAGGCGGUUCAUAUACAGGAUGGAGACUCCGGAAUAAGGGAUUGAAGAUUGGGAUAUAUGAAUACUCAGACCGAGUUGGAGGAAGGAUGUUUUCAAAAUCCUUCCCUGAUGCACCGGAUCUUCCUGUUGACUUUGGAGCAAUGAGACUAAGACCUAAAGACCAUGUUAGGAUGAUCAAGGCAGGACGGGAGCUUGGGCUAACCUUUGUUCCUUUUCCUGAAGGUGGUGGAAGAAUUCCUGAGCGAACUCUUUUAUACAUGCGCAAUACUCAUCUUCGUAUAUUUGAGUUAGGAGGACCUCGAACUCCGUACAGUCUAAGACCAGAGGAGAGUAAGAAUCCUGACGAUUUGUCAAGGUUGCUUUCCGAAACAUACUCCAACUAUAAUGGUACGAACCCCAAUGUCGAGCUCUUCACUGCUACCACUAUUGAUGGAGUUCCUUUAUAUCUUCAAAGUUACACAGACGUCAUACAGAAAACUGGAAUAAGUUUGGAGGCUCGUAGAUAUAUUAAAGACAACAAUCUAUUCCAGUCCGGUUUUGGUCCAGAACAAUGUCUUGAAAAUUUUCCAAAUGCUCGACGAGGUUUUGAAAAUAUCCCCAUCCAAACAGGACUUCCCCCAUUUGUUACAGUUCCCACGGGAAUGAAUUCAUUCCCUACAGAAUUCAUGAGGCAAUUUCUUUUGUCUAAUCCUAUUAGUCACACACUUACCAUGAAUAGGCAGCUUGUUAAAGUAUUAAGGAAGAACAAAGGAUUGUAUCAAUUGAAGUUUAGAGAAACAAUUUCAAUUAAUGGAUUAAUUAUUCCGACAAAUAAGUAUUGCUAUGUAUAUUCUCGUAAUGUUAUACUCUCAAUUCCAAAAGUCCCUGUCCAGAAAAUUCAGAUGCCACAAUUCAGUAAUCCCCAGUUCUUGUCCGCGCUUGAUUCAGUAUUAGAUGUGCAAUCCUCAAAGAUUUUCCUGAUUUACAACUACCCAUGGUGGCUAGGAGGAUCACAUAAUUUCACUUUCACCCAUUCCGAUCUUCCAUACAGACAAUCAUACAACUGGGGCAUUUCAAGAACAGGGAAGGCUGUUCUUCUCAUAUCAUACACAGACACUCACGAUGUGCCAUUCUGGAGCCGACUUCAAAACACUGGAAACAUAAUCAGUAAGAGAUAUGACGAGACAAGAGUCACGGACGAAGUAGUAAAACAGGCUCACUUACAGUUAUCCAGAGUGUACAACAGACAUGUUAAUAGUAUUCCAGAUCCCAUCGAUGGGAUGAUGUUUGUCUGGAACAAAUAUCCUUAUAAUGGCGGAUGGGUGGAUUGGAAACCUGGAUCUAGGUGGAACGAUAUCAAGAGAUAUCUCACUCGACCAUUUUCACAAGAAAAUAUAUUCAUAAAUCAUGGUUACUGGGGUGCUGAACAUAACGGAUGGGGAGAGGGUUCCUUGGAGGCUGCAGAUGACGUUUUGUCCUAUUUCAAUAUACCUUCCUAUUUGCAAACAAACUAAUUAACAACAAAUCACAAAGACUAGUGCAUAUCGUUUCGUGUGACUGAGCUGCUUGAUUUAUCUAUCAAGGUCUUGAAGAUCCUUUAUAUUGAUGCCAGAUAUUUCUUGAGUUUAAAAUUUUUUGGUGCACACGUUAAGAUCAAAUCUAAUCCAACGAUAUCUGCUAUUUAAAAAAUUGUUUUACAUCUAAUAAACAUACCAGAUGUACAAAUUGAAUCUUAUUUAUUAAUGGUGUAGUUAUAUAAGUUUCUCAAGGAUGACAAUGGCUAAAUGAUGAUCUGGUUUCUCAUACAAAUGGAUAAGGCUUUUAUAACCAAUGUCUGAUGCAUAUUCCAAUCAUUUGUGCUUAAUGAAAUAUGUUCAAUCAAGUUAAGGUUUUAAUUUGCCAUA